GUCCGGGAGGUAGACUUUUGGGACGGUGUCAUAACUGUACGCUGUUUCUCUCCACUUUGUCAACGUUAAAUGGGAAUGAAAAGGAGUUUUGAGCACUUUUAUUCCGUACUUUUUGUAGUGUUUCUUCUCCGUUCUCGUUGAUGGUUUUGAUAAACGAUUCAUUUUCCCUCGGUGUUCUCAGGAGGAUCGUAUCUAAUUUCUCACUGUGCAGCGGAGGCACUGGACUCGGGAAUGACUUUUUUUUCCUCUUUUCUUUCUUUUUCUCUCUUUCUUCUUUCAUUUUUUAAAGCAGCGAAUGGGUUUAAACGAGUAGCCGAGUGUGGAAGAGAAGUUGAUGGGUCUGUUACAGAAGUCGCUUUGGUUUCGGACCCAUUAGAAUUACCACGUUUUAAGUGAAGUAGAGCAACGGUCCAUUCGCUUUGGUUAAUAAUAAGAUAGAAGGGUGUACUGAAUCGAGGAUUAUUUUUCGCAACUCUUUGGUUGUAAAAAAAAAAAAAAAAAAAAAAAAUAUUGCCCAACUUUUUUGGCACUGCCUUAUCUGUCAGGAUGCCUUUUAAGUUUCCGGCGGCAACCUGUAACCCAGCCUUUGAAGUUCAAGUCGUCGCUCUUCAGCGUUUGCGGUGGAUUUAUCCAGAAAAUGUGGCGCCCACAGGACGUGCUGCCUUUUGACGCCGUUUGUCAACUCAACUCGUGUUCGGUCGCAAAAUGUGAUUGUAAGGUACAGUGACUGGUGUACACUGUAAUAAGAAUAAUAACAGUAGUCGUUCGGAUACGGAUGAAGAUCGAUACGCCGUUGCCAGGACCUGCACUUCUGGGAGAGGAUACAAGAGUUAAACAAUAAGGCAAACACGAUACAAAUGAGGACAUUUGUUGUCUGUCUCAUGAAGACCAGGCUGUUGGAAACCUAUGCACACUUCAAGCUCUAACACAACACAACGUGUCUUCAUGGUGCAUUUGUGCAUGCAGUGUUUCGCCACCCAUAUUAAUGACACUGGAUAAAAGUUCACUAUAGCUUGUUGUUUUUUUGUUUUUAUCUCGGAAGAUAUCAGUUUUCUGUAACGGAGGAGUUGGCUCCAUGUGGGCACUGAGUGCAUUUCUGUAACGCGUAGCGUUUGAAUAUUAACUCUGGUGCUGAAUGGAAGUUUGAGUUAUGAGUUUGAGUUAUGCUGGCAGUCCUCCAGCUUUAAACAUUUGGAUUGUAUCUAUUUCGCAGUAGUCGCCGAGGCAGAAAGAAGAAGUGGGACGUAUAUAAAUAUUUUUCUUGUUUAUCCGUGGUGCUUGCCUGCUUUGAAGUCCACCAUGUGCGGCCGGGCACCGCCGCUACAGCCGAGGCCAUGACCGUCCCCCAGUGGCGCCUGGCCGGGCUCUGGCCGUGGCUGCUCAUGGCGGCCCUGCAGGUGGUGCUGGGUCAGCCGGGCCUGGAGUCCGAGCGGCCGGGCCUCCGAGCGGUCAUCAAGGUGACACUGCUGAAGAACGAGCCUACGGGGAAGCCCAUCACUCUGGAAGGGGCGUUCGUGGGAGGAAGUGCCGGCUACGCGGAGGGAAAACUAAUGCAGUAUCACCCUUUGUCUCUGUGCAACACAAGCGAGGAUGAACGACAAGAGAGUGACUUCAUCACCAUUGUCAAACUGGAGCACAGGGUUCCCCGCUGCCUGCCGCUGCUCGAUAAGGCUCGCAUGGCAUUGGACAAAGGAGCUCAGGCUGUUAUCUUUGAUGUCAGUGAUGAUGCCAAUGCUGCUGCUGAGCUGCGAGAAACAGACUCCCUUCCCCGUCCAGUUGUGCUGGUGGAGGCUGAGGAUGCUGAGGAGCUGAUGGGCUUGGUCAACAAGAACGAGGAGGCCAAAGUUCGUAUUGAGAUCAUGGUGGAGCCCCCUAGAUGGCCACAUUAUGAUGUGGGUAUCCUGCUCACCAUUGUCCUGGCUAUUCUGACCAUCGUCUUAAUCUUUGCUUUCCGCUACAAAUGCAAGUCCAACAGAACCUGGGACUCUGUCCAUCAACAGACCAUGCGGGCUAUUAGUCGAUUGGAGACUAAAACCUACAGUUCUCAGGGCUGCUCAGGCUCACAGCGGCACCGAGGGGCGUGGGGGUCGGCCAGCAGCUCCAACUCGAGCCCUGUCUGUGCUAUUUGCUUGGAGGAGUUCCAGGACGGGCAGCAUUUGAGGAUCAUCUCCUGCGCUCAUGAGUUCCAUAAAGACUGCGUCGACCCCUGGCUGCUGCAGCACCGUACCUGUCCUCUCUGUAUGCACAACAUUAUGGGGACAGAGCGGCAGCCCCAGAGAAACAGGCUCCAGCAGAAUCCAGAACAAAGCCAAGGCUUCCUGCACCCUCAGCCUUACAGCAGCCCACACAACCACCCCUUCCCUCAGCAUGCUAUCCCCUUCUCUAUGAGACUCCACUAUCCUCGUGGACCCUCUGGACCAUAUCCCUCUCUGGGACACUACAGUGGGUCUUCUCCCAUGGACCCCCAGACUCUACGUUUCCUCACCAGUAGACAGCUUGGCUCCGGCUGUGGGUACCGCCUUCCUGCAGAGGGUCCUGGAAGGCCCCACAGGAUUGGAGGUAACUGCAGGACGUCCACUCACCACUACACCCCUCGUCGGUCCUGCCACAACUAUCGCUCGUCCUGUCCGACCCAGCGCAGUGCAUCCUGCUCAAGACUGCACCACGCUGCUUCUGUCGCACCACAGACCCGUGGUGCUCCAGCCCACAACCGGCAGGACGAGGGCAGCUGCUCAGGCGGCAGCUACCACACAGAACGCAGUGGAUACUUGGCUGAUGGGCCGGCGAGUGACUCCAGCUCAGGGCCCUGCCAUGGCUCCUCCAGUGACUCAGUUCUCAACUGUACUGACAUAUCCCUACAGGGAGUGUAUGGCAGCUGGUCCACUUUCCGUAGCUCUCUGAGUAGUGACUACGAUCCGUUCGUGUAUUACGGGCCAGGUAAUACGCGGGGCCCCCGGAGAAACAGCCUGGAGGCUGGCGCCCAGGCCCGGCCCAGGUCUCUGGAUUCUGUGGUGAACAAAGCAGGCUGCCCUGAAGAACAGCCGCAGACUGUGUUCAGCCACAUCCACUACCACCGCCACAGACACCAUCACUAUGAGGAGGGAGAGCAUGGUCAGGGCCCGAGCAGAGGCUCUGACGAGGAGCAGGGGGCUGCUGCUGCUGCGCCCGCUGCUCUUGUCCUUGACAAAGACUCACCUGUGUGCCCUCCUAAGCACAGUCCCUGCCAGUGCCCAAAGCCAGACCCCAUGGAUCGGCUUAGCCCGGGACAGACAGAGUGUCAGGACCUUGACCCAGGCAGCCCUACAGGACCUCCAGUCCUGAUGUCCCCAAUCCCUUUGCAGCUCCAACCCCACUGCUGCCACCAGGGACACGGACACCCUCCCGCUCCUCUUGGGCGAGUGGGUGGCUGUGUGCUUGAUGGCCCCUCCGUUCGCUUCCACCAGAGCCUGGAUCUGCAGGAUGACCGUAGCAUCCACAUUCACUACGGCCAGGGUCCGGGCUUCUGCUGCUCUCCUCCUGAGCUGCACCCUGCUUUGCUUCCCGUGCCCCUCAUUCUGGACUCUGGAGGGAUGGAGGACUGGUCUUGCUGUGCCGGGGCCCAUGUUGUGUGGCAAAAACGGGUGCAGCAGGCUCAUUCAGAGCCUCAGCUCCUGGGGCCUGGGACUUCUAUGGACAGGCCACCCUGCAGGUUCCACCACGGACCUUCUGCUGACUGCAACACAGGCAUUUGUUUAUACUGCCAAACAUUACACCACAAUCAGGGAUCAGAAGAGGAGUCUGGUGUGUGAGAACUUGUUGCAUCCCCAUUAUCACGCUGCUACACAGGAGCCAGAAUGGACAAGCCUCUCAUUGGCUGCUCGCUCUCAUGUCUUCCACGCAAUUCCACCCGCGAUGCUUUCGUUCGGACGAUUCCCCAGCUCCCACCAGGAUUCAAAGCUCACACGCUGAAAUGCUUUCAGUUAAGUCGGUUGGGUCAUCACUAAAAAUGAAAUUAUUGUGAUUAGAUUAUGCUAAAGAUGUUUUAUAUCAAAAUAGGUUGAAUGAUUUAAAUGUAGAGACAGGGAGCUGCUGGGGAAACAACUCAUUUGAGAAAAAAAAAAGUGUUUUUCUGUGUUUCUCCUCGUCAGUUAUCGGAAGAAUAUUCAUUCAUUCAUUUCUGACAUGACAUCACAAGCUCCAUGCUCCUUAGUGACAACUAACGAAUGAUCCUUGCUUAGGGUGUUGAGCCCUCAUGAAGUGAGACUCCAUCUCUGCGUUGCUCACUCUAUUACAAAAUAACUUGAUUUAUCUUAGAGGUACUUAACUUUCACUUGUGUGAUCUUGGUCUUCCUUCGCUGAGUCCAGUCUCAGCUGAGAGAAGCCUUACUCUCCAGCCUACCUCAGCUCAGAUUUCUUAACAUGCCUCACGCAGGGGGUCUUUAAAGGUACUGCUGUAGUGAUUUAUGAUUUUUUUUUUUUUUUUGACACAACCAUGUAGCUCCCAUAAACUAAACUAAAAGCGAUCCUCUUGGCAGUCUGACCUGUCCAAACGGAGAGAAAGGUUAAUGCUCAGCCCCUCAAACAAUGAGCAUUCACUGAGGUUGCUGAGCAGUGCAUGGGCCUUGUUUUCAUUAUUUCAAUAAUGGCAGCUGUUUUUAACUUUUUUUUUUGGUUUGUGUUUAUGAUCACUUUCUGUUUAGUUUUUUUUUUUUGUACCCUAUAAUUUUUUUUUUCAUCUUUCAGAAUGAACCGGUUUGACUGAAUUAUGUGGUCGUCAUUACAAGCUAUUGUCUCAUUAUUGUCAUUUCUCUUGCCAGUGGUUACGUCAUAUGUUUGACCUCAGUGCUGUUUAACCCCCUGAUCUGUGCAGAGUGAACAGGCCUCAUCAGAAGGAUGACAAUCAUAUCCUCUGCUCCUGUAAUGCCCAGUCCAUCACGAUAUCCUAUUAUCCUCCAUAAAGGAUAUAACCUCCCACUGUCUUUCAGCAACUAAAGCUCUAGAAAAAUGUUCUACAUUGCAGCCAUAGAGAAGAUUUAGUUACUUUAUAACAAUGGUAAAAAUAUAACUGGAGUAAAGCCAUGCUAGGUAGACCUUACAGUCCCAAGCAUCAGCUGAGUCUGUUUGCAUUAGCAUCAGUUUAAAGAAAGCUUGGUGUGCUUUUCCCAUGAUUUCAAACUAUAAUGGGCAGAGUCUGAGAAAACUCUCAGGAACAAUCAAACACUGGAAAGAUGGGACAAAUUCAUCUAAGUUACAGUAAUGAUACCCGAAUCAGUGAAAAGUCCUUUGUCGAGGUAAAUGUGCAUCGCCAAUCCCUGCUUUUGAGCUUACAGCACUUGAAGGAAAAUCCACCUUAAAUCAGAAAUCCAACUCAGAUUUGAGUAAGUUUUUUUUUUUUUUUUUUAACAUUCUGAUAAACAAUAACAAUCUCUCAAAGCUAGAAAUGACAGAGUCCAUGUUUAAGUCUUUAUUACCAAGAAUUCCCUCUGUUCCUAUUUAGCCUGUCUGGCAGACUGACAGACACAAAGUGUGCUUAUGUUCCAAGAAAUUUCUCUCUACUCUCAAACUGUGUAGAUAAAAGUGGACCUCAUUAUGCCAUCAAAGAUGGCUUUCCUAUAUUUGGCUUCACCACAAACGUCUUCAUGCUCACAUGUAUGAGACUAAAUAAUCUGAGAUCAGAGGAACAGGUAUUCUGUUUUAGUGUGGACUUUUCCUUUAGGGCUCAGUGAAAAUGUGAAAGGAUUUUCCUUUGCAGUCAGACUGCAGAUACAGUUUAGCUUAGCACAAACAGCAGACAAAGAGCUCAUGGGUAUUGCAAUGUAACCAGUAGCACUUACUAAAACCUUCCAUGUGCCUUAUUCUUUCAAACUGUUCAUAAUCCUAAAUCAGGAACUUCCCAACACACUAAGCUCUUACCUGUCUAACCAAAGACACAAAAUCUUGAACGCAGUGAAUUUAAAUCAUAGUACGUGUUUGUGCCUUAUCUCCUGCUUCAUCCUCGUCCUUAAAUCUCAGAAUUAAAUGUACUUUCAAUAACAAGAGGGAACAUGCUAGAACUGAAGUGCAAAUCAUUUUGGACAUUUUUUGGACAAUCAUGCAGAACGUUUCACCUGCAGUUCCUCAUACUAAUACCUCACUUUGAAUGAGUCAACACAGCGUCCUCUAGCUAAAGUAUCAGAGUUUCCUUGUCUGUUAUUUUUCGUGCCCAAACAGUCUCUGAGAUGGAAAUGACUGAAUUACAAGCAGCACUUUGGCUUAAGUAGGUUUUAUAUUAACAAAAAAAAAAGAAAAAAAAAAAGAAAAACAACACAAAUCUCAUAGUAUUAAUUUAAAACAAUCCCAAAACCAUCAGCACAUGAAAAACAGCGUUUGGU